AUAACAGAAACAAGAUGAUCUUUUGGAAUUUCCUUCUGGGGGUUCUGCUGCACUACCCUCUCCAGGGAGCUCUGGCACAGCUGCCGACUCAACCGGAAAACUGCUCUGGCAAAAGUCAGAUCUCCUUCAGUCACUCAUACAAGAUUGACGUGCCCAAGUCCUCUCAGAUCCAAGUGGAUCCAGACCCACGUCCCCUCCAAGAUGACAGUCACACACUGCUGUCGACUGGUGAAAUGCAGGAGGGCGAGGAGCAAAAUAUUAUAUUCAGGCACAACAUUCGUCUGCAGACUCCCAAAGGUGACUGUGAACUUCUAGGCCAGCUCAAGGCUUUGUUGGAAAGGCUGGAGAAGAUAGAGUUGGAAGUGCGACAUCUGAGGGGGAUCUGUGCUCCUCAGAGGUGCUGUGGCAGAGCCCAAGAAGUUUCAUCCUGCAGCGGCCACGGAGUUUUCAUCCAAGAGGUUUGUGCCUGCAACUGUGACGAAGGCUGGGAAGGCCAGGACUGCUCCCGCCCUACCUGCCCAGGAAACUGCAAUGGUAACGGGCGCUGCGUUGGUGGCCGGUGCAUCUGCAAUGCACGUUAUGCUGGCGAGGAUUGCAGCCGGCUCCUGUGUCCUGAGAAUUGCAGUGGAAAUGGGGUCUGUGUGAAUGGCGUAUGUCACUGCUACAAGGAGUUCAUUGGUGAGGACUGCAGUGAGAAGAGGUGCCCCAACGACUGCAGUGGGAAUGGAUAUUGUGACACUGGAGAGUGUUACUGUGAGGACGGCUUCAUUGAGCUUGACUGCUCUAAAGUGCUUGCUCCCCAGAAUGCACGAGUCCUCAAGACCACAGAAGAUUCCCUGGCCAUUGGCUGGGAUAAGGUGGUGGAUGUGGAUGGUUAUCUCAUCAGCUACUUUCCUGUUGGGUAUGAAGCCUCUGUCAUGCAAGUGCGAGUGUCCAAAGAUCAAACCACCUAUGAGAUUCUGGGUCUUCUUCCUGGCACAAAGUAUAUUAUUACUCUCCGCAAUGUAAAGAAGGGGAUUGCCAGUGACCCAGAACUCCUGCAAGCCAGCACAGAGGUCUCUGCCAUUGGUGCUAUAUGGGUGACAGAAGAGACAGAUAAUUCCCUGGAAGUGGAGUGGGAGAAUCCUUCAACAGAGGUGGAUUAUUACAAGCUGAGGAUCAGCUCUUUGCUCCGGCCAGGGGAGGAGAAGGAGGUGCUGGUUCCGAAAAGCAGUGAUGCCAAGAGCAGAUAUGUUAUCACAGGCCUGAAGCCAGGAACCCAGUAUGUGAUCACCGUCAUAUCUAUGAAGGAUGAGAUGGAAGGGAAGCCGUCCUCUGUGAACGGCUGGACAGAUAUUGAUGGCCCAACUGAUCUGGUAACCAACCAAGUAACAGAAGACACAGCUACCAUUUCUUGGAAUGGGGCCCAGGCUCCAAUAGAUAGAUAUGUGGUGAGCUACACCUCAGCUGAUGGUGACACCAAAGAGAUCUCUGUGGGGAAGGACAAGAAAACCACUACCCUGGUGGGUUUACAUCCAGGCAUGGAGUAUACCAUCUAUAUCUGGGCUGUGAAGGGAACCCAACAGAGCAGGAAGGCAAGCAUAACAGCUGAAACAGAGAUAGACGGCCCUACAAACCUGAAAACAGACCAAGCAACAGAGAACACAGCCACUAUCUCUUGGAAUAAGGCAUUGGCUCCUAUAGACCGAUACAUACUUAGCUACACCUCUGCUGAUGGAGACACCAGAGAGAUCACGGUUGGGAAGGAUAAGACCAGCACCACCUUGACUGGACUGAAGCCAGGCAUGGAAUAUGUCAUCUACAUCUGGGCUAUGAAGGGGAGCCAGCAGAGCAAGAGGACAAUCACAAAGACACUGACAGAAAUUGACCCUCCCAGGAAUGUCCGUGUGUCAGACGUAACACAGUCCAGUGGAUUGGUCACUUGGACACCACCUGAUGCUCAGAUCAGUGGCUAUCUUCUCACCUAUCGGGAACCAGAUGGUACUAUCAAGGAAGUGCGGUUAGGUCCUAAUGAGGAAAGGUUUGUCCUCGAAGGCCUUACUCGAGGAACCAAAUACACCAUACAUAUCAUGGCCUUUAAGGGAGACCGCUGGAGUCGAAAAACAACCACCACUUUUUCUACAGUCAGUUUGCGCUAUCCCUUCCCUGCGGACUGCAGCCAGACCCAGGAAAACGGACACUCUGCCAGCGGCAUGUACACCAUCUACCUGAACGGUGACGUCAACAGACCCCUGCAGGUGUACUGUGACAUGGCCACUGAUGGAGGUGGAUGGAUAGUGUUUCAGAGACGGAACACAGGGCAGCUGGAUUUCUUUAAGCGCUGGAGGAAUUACGUUGAAGGCUUUGGAGACCCUGCUGGGGAAUUUUGGCUUGGCCUUGAAAAGCUGCAUCAGCUCACCAGUAGCGCCCCCGUUCCCUAUGAACUGAGGGUGGAUUUACGAACGCACAAUGAGUCUGCCUAUGCCAUCUAUGACCUCUUCCAGGUGGGCUCCAGCAGGGAUCGAUACAAGCUCUCCGUGGGGAAGUACAGAGGCACCGCUGGGGAUGCCAUGACUUACCACAAUGGUUGGAGAUUUACCACCUGGGACAGGGACAGCGACAUCGCUCUCAGCAACUGCGCAAUCACACAUCACGGUGGCUGGUGGUAUAAGAACUGCCACUUGGCCAAUCUGAAUGGCAAAUAUGGCGAAGACAAGCACAGUGAGGGAAUUAACUGGGAGCCAUGGAAAGGCCACUUGUUCUCCAUCCCUUACACCGAGAUGAAGUUCCGUCCACGCUCACACCCAAUCUUGGGUAGAAAAAGGAGAUCUCUAGCAGGGAAGGAACCCAGGGUUUAAAAUGGAUGAAAUGUGGUGCUUGUCAAGUGAAACAUGGCAAUGCAAUAUCAUGUAACCAUGUGACCUUGUGCUCCUUAUUUUAGUACAUUUAUAAUUGCAUACAACUGGUUACAGGCUUCCUCAGAAGAAUUAUCUGGUUUAAUUGGUUGGGAUCAGUACAGAACCUGCACUGCACUGUGAGUGAAAUUUGAAAAGAAUAAGGUAGGAGACUAAGGGCUGGCUCAGAAUUCUUCUUCUUGUGGAGGGCCAUGUCUAUCGAGGCUCCCUCUGCUUGUAGUGGCCUCUGGUUCUGAUAGCUACCAUGGAUCAGGAAGGCCCAUUCCAGCCCUCCAAUUGUUCCAUGUUCUUGACAAGAACUUCCCCCACAGCAGGAUCUUGCUUUUCCUUGCCAGAGAAAACAAAGAAGUCACCACACCAUCUCUUUUCCUUCUUUGCUCUCUCUCUUGGGUGGCUUUGCUUAUUCUGCUCAACAAGGACCCAAUUGGUCUGCUGUUCUCUGAUUUCUGAGAUGUAGCUUUGCAAAACCCAAGGUGCUAAUUUAACAUAUUUUUCUAUCCAUGGUGUUCCCUGCAAGACAAUUGUCAAGUCACCAAAAGCCAACAGUAUCAAACUCUCAAGUGCUGCUGAGAAUGAUGCGGUUGUACCUCAAAGAUGCCUCUCCUAAAUAAAGCACGACCUUUCUAGCUUUCCAUUUGCUCUUUUUCAGGGCCGACCCUGUCCAUGAGGCAAGGUGAGGCAAGUGCCUCAAGUGGCAAAAGCGCAUGAGGUGGGGCCCCAUCCUGCAGGCAGAGAAGUGGCACCACCAGUAGCAGCACUGGUUUCUGGCUAGAUCUCACCAAAUCUCACAUGAUCUCACUGAAAUAUUGCAAGAUCUCACAGAGCAAGUGAGAUCUCACUGGAAGCCAGCACUGCUGCGCAAUGCAGAUGA